AUGUGGAGUAGUGCGGUUUUUCAACGCAAAUCUACUCCAUUGGAACUUAGAAAACUGUUGGUGGAAACAAAACGCCAUAGCGUACGACAUUUGGAUGGUAGUGAUUCGUACACUUUCGAUAAAGCCGAAUGUCUUGGUCGACUGUCGAAUCAAGAUAUGGCAAUGCAGAAGUACUCAUUGCUGCUGGUUGAAUACCAGAAGAUACACCACAGUGUCACUAGUCAUAAAGGAGCUAUGACUAGAAAUCAGAAAGAGAGGAUCUACCGGGGAGGAAUCCAGACAAAGUCUUCAAAGAUAGAGUGGAAAGACCAGACUGGCAACGACUUUUCGAUGCCACCCUUGAAUCCAGCACAGACUGAAACACAGCAGGAUGUGAUUCACCGCGUACAGAACCGGGAUAGUGUUUUGUGUAGAGAACGGUUUUCUGUUGGACCCUACCAUGUCCAAAUCAGCUUUUCGAUAGAAGGGGGAAAACAAGAGAAUGCUUCAGUAAUUGUCGAGGUAUCAUCAAGACUGUACCUACCGCACACCGUGCUCUCAUUUUUGGCACUUGUUGAAGCAGAGCAAUAUGCCGGAUUCAAGGUUGUUUUAUCGUCCACAACUCUUUCCGUUGAAGAGAACGAAGCACAGCGGUCGGCUGAAACACAAAAGACACUAGCAGCGACUCUGGGUUUUAUCGAAUCAUCCACAAAGUUUCCAUGUGCGAAGCAUGCCUUUGGUUUUGUAGGAUACGGACCACAGUUCAUGAUCGUCCUCGAUUCGGACAGAUACCAAACACUAAAUGAUCAAAGUACUUGCUUUGGAAGAGUUGCUCAUGGCCUUGACUCAUUGCAAAUUCUCCAGGCAGAGGCUAAAAGAGGCUCUAUCAUCCAACAUCUCCCAAUACAAGGCUUUCAAAUCAUGUCUUUGACAACAGAUGGUAUCCGAACGAUUGUCAGCUUGACCUCAUCAGGAUCCAAUAAGACUUUCAAACCAGUUUUCCAAUUGAUUUCCAUCAAAGCAGUGGGAAACAAAAAUGGGGUCCAACGGUACCGUGCAGUCCUAAGCGAUGGAUCUCAUUUCGUGCAAGGAAUGCUCGCAACUCAGCUGAAUCAUAUGGUCCAAUCAAACGAAAUCCAAACCAAUACUGUCAUUAGCGUGAAUGAUUUCAUGAAUAAUUCGGUCCAAGGUCGAAGCGUAGUUAUCCUGUUGAAGAUAUCGGUUGUGGACAAUCCUGGGACUAGAAUUGGAAGCCCGACAGAUAUCGAAAAGUCUGACUCAUCUCCUACCCCUGCUGUGGUUUCUUCGAAUGCUGUGAAGGUCACUAGCAUACCAAGCGAGGCAACUGCUGGGAAAAGCACGAACAUCCCUCGUGCCAAUCCGUACAGUCCAUCCGAGAAGCGACAUACCGCGCCCAUUGUCCGUCAGGCCUCUGGAAGUUCCUCUGGAAACCCUAUCACUCUUAUUGCACAGCUGAACAUGUUUCAAAAUCGUUGGACGAUCAAGGCCCGUGUCGUCUCUAAAUCAGAGAUCAAGACUUGGUCUAACGCCCGCGGUGAAGGGUCGCUCUUCUCUAUCGAGUUGUUGGACAGCAGUGGUAUAGAUGUCAAGGCGACAAUGUUCAAGGAGGCUGUUGACAAAUUCUAUGAUCUCAUCCAAGUUGGCCAAGUAUAUACGCUGUCAGGUGGGCGUAUCAAGGUUGCCAAUAUGCAAUAUAAUACUUGCAAGUCCCAAUUCGAAUUGAAUUUUGAUCAAAACUCUAUCAUUCGUCUUGAGGAUGACAUUGGUGAUAUUCAAGCACAAUCGUUUGAUUUAGUGAAAAUCUCGGACCUGGAAAAAGCAGAAGUUGGAAAGAAUGUGGAUGUUAUUGCCGUUGUUCAGGAAAUUGGCGAUGUUCAAAGUCUCACAUCCAAGAAAACUGGCCGGGAACUACAAAAAUGUGACUUGACAUUGAUUGACGAUUCUGCUGUUCAAGUUCGAUUGACACUCUGGGGGAACCAAGCCUCGAAUGCAAAAAACGACAUUGCAGCUCCUAGAGUUGUUGCUUUUCGAAAGGCAAGAGUUGGCGAUUUUGGUGGUGUAUCGUUGAGUGGAGCUAGUGGAUUCUUUUUGGAACCCAAAAUUCCGGAAACUGAAGCUCUAAUGCAAUGGUGGGAAAGCGAAGGAAGCAGUGGGGGCGCAGUAAGAUCUCUCUCCAAGAACUCUGGGGGAGGAGGGAAGAUGGCACUCUUCCAGGAGCGCAAGGGAAUAAGCGAUAUCAAGAAAGAAGGCCUUGGCUACAACAACGAGAAGGGGGACUAUCUUUCUUUCAAAGCUCAUUUCACAUUCCUGAAAAAGGACAAGGAAGGCGGGGCGUGGUAUACCGCUUGUCCAAAUAAGGAAGAACCUUGCCGCAAUCGAUGCAAAGUCGUGCAGACGACAGAUGGCAACUGGCAGUGUGACAGGUGCCAAGGAACCUACCCCAAUUGUACUCGUAAAUGGAUCUUCUCUGGAACAGUUGCUGACGACACUGGAUCUACUUGGGUCUCAGUGUUUGAUGACCAGGCGAUGACCCUUUUCGGUGGUAGUACUGCCGAUGAUGCCUUUGCCCAGUACGAUAACCAAGAUGUUUAUGAUAGUUAUUUCGCCAAGGCUAUGCACACAGAAUGGAUCCUAAAAUGCAGAGUGAAACAAGAAACUGUAAAUGAUGAAGCUCGGUUGAAGACUCAGAUAGUCCGUAUGGAUCCUGUCGAUUAUGUUGCAGAGUGCCGGGAUCUACUGAGCGCGAUUCAACAAGUUUCUUAA